CGUAGCUGUGCAGCUACUUUGAGGUGGCAGCUCCACCUCCUUCGCCUUAUUUACAGAGCAACCAUAUGCUAGAUCUAAAAGGAGCAACCAUUCAAAAAAUGACCCUGCUGCUGGAGGGGAGUUGGGAGAGCAGCGGCUGAUGCUAACAGGAGCAAUGUGGCAGCUGCUGUGCAUAAAAGUGAUGGGGCCGAGGGGCUGCUGGGCUCACCAUGAAGUCGAGCGGGGGUGCUGCAUCCGACCUGGAGGAACUGGAGAGCGGCAGCAGCGAGAGCAGCUCCGGAAAAUCCUUGACUUCCACCGGAGCCCAAGGGAAGCGCAAGCGGAAGAGCCCUCGGCUGAGCGGGCUGAGCAAGCAGCGGCAAGCUGCCAAUGCCCGGGAGAGGGACCGAACCCACAGCGUGAACACAGCCUUCAGCACCCUCCGCACCCUCAUCCCAACCGAGCCCGCAGACCGCAAGCUGUCCAAGAUAGAGACCUUGCGCCUGGCCUCCAGCUACAUCUCCCACCUGGCUAACAUGCUGCUCCUACAGCAGCAGCAGCAGCAGCCACCGCAACAGAGCGAGAGCUUGGGGGAGGAACAGCUGCCUUCGAGGCAGCCCUGCUUGCAAUACCAGCCUCUCCUGCAGGGCGGCGGCACAGCAACGGCACCAAGACCAAUCUGUACCUUCUGCCUGAGCAACCAGAGGAAGCUGCACAGAGAAAGGGAGAAACAUUUGUCUCUUUAAAAGCAUUGUGGACACUGAUUCAGAAGAGAAGCUUGCACAAAUACCGGACUGGUUAUAGAACAGUUGUAGAUGCUGAGGGAAGCCGUCAUGUAACUUUGUACCCAUGGUACUGAAAUGAGCAAAGCACCCCGAUGUCAGCUUCAGAACAAACCCAUCUUUGGCCAUGUGAACGUAGCCACAGACUUGAACCACAGCUCUGCUGUCAAAUCAGCUUAGCCAAAUGGCUCUGGAGGGAGAUGCAGCCAAACUGAGAGGAGGUUCUCCACUUAGGCCUGAAACUUGAGAAGGGCUGUCGAGUGACUCAGGCCAAUUUUUGAAACAGUGUGGGAUCUUUCUAAAUUUGUUCAUCAUUGAAGUGUGGAGCAGGGAAAGUUCCCAAGGGCCCUCUAAAUUUAUCUGCUCUCCUUGGUUACUCGCAAGUUGUGCCUGUACAUUAUCACUGGUGCUACAGUAUCUGACUGCUGGUCGUCAUGUAAGCAUGCAAUCUUUAUUUUGAAUUAAGCUGAGCAAGUUUUGGGAGGGUUUUUUAAGCCACUUUUCCAAACACAGGCAGAAUAAUAAAGCAAAACAACAUUAGUUCACAGCAGAGAGGUUUCUAAAAUGGUCAGACAAAGCUUUCGUUAAGGAGACAUAUGCAUGUGUUCAGGGUGGGAAUAAGAGGUGUGUGCUUGCGCAUGUGUGGAAACAUUUUUGCACUGUGGUAUGUCACCGUACCGUAUGGCCUCAUCUUUCAUAUCUAAAAGUAAUUAAUCCUACUCAGCUGGGGUGCUCGCUAGGUGACCUUGGGCCGGCCACUAUUUCUCCGUUUAACUUACCUCACAGGGUUGUUGUGAGAAAAAACGGGGGAUUGGAGGAGAACCCUGUAUGUCACCCUGAGCAUCUUGGAGGAAAGCUGGGUUAUAAAUGUAAUAAACAAACAAAUAAAUACAAAAAUUAGGAAAAAGAAAUAAAUUGGGGAAAUCAGUCGAGAUUAACAAUGCUCCGAUAAUGAUUCCUCAGCAUUCCUAAAUAACAAUAAUAAUAUGUAUAUAUUAAUCCCUGAGUUAAGCCACAUGAAAGUAAUGCUCUGUGGCAUACAUUUCACAAUGUAGAUGAAUGUUUAAUUCUCUUAGCCAGGCAUCCCCAAACUUGGCUCUCCAGCUGUUUUGGGACUACAAUUCCCAUCAUUGCUGGCCACUGGUCCUUCUAGCUAGGGAUGAUGGGAGUUGUAGCCCCAAAACAGCUGCAAGGUCGAGUUUAGGGAUACCUGCUCUUAGCUAUCACAAAUCCUUCAUCAUAAAUUUUGCUUACAGUCAAGGAAGAAUAUACAGUGGUGCCCCGCAAGACGAAUGCCUCGCAAGACGAAAAACUCGCUAGACGAAAGGGUUUUCCGUUUUUUGAGUCGUUCCGCA